CCUACCUGAUCACAGUUAGCAGAGAACGCCCCGGCGACAACGAUCGUAUUCCUCGACAUUACUUUACCUAAGCUGAAGUAGGUGUUCGCUUUUCGAAGGCGACAUUGCGAGCAACCGAACCAUACACACAGCAAACGAAUCAAUAUCGACUAGAACACACAUUCAAAAUGUUCAAGAACCACCUUGCUAUGAUUGGCAUGAACGAGACGCCAAACAAAAAGGCCAAGUUUUGGCAGUCAUACAUCAGAUCCUUGAAGGGAUCUGAUGAUAUUCGUGCACACGACACGCCGUCCUACCGGCGACCAAUCCUGCUGUUCGACGAGCCCGACACCGCGUCCGGCCGCAUCAACUCGCCCGGCUACCACUACUUGCCGGUCCACCGGGAAACCUACGGCUACUCGCCCCGACCGAUCUACGACCAUCAUUACACGCGUUCGCAGAGAGCACCAAGCGUAAACAGACUGGCUGAUGCCGAGAAGGCCUGGGCUGAUCAUCUGGAGCGAAUGCGAGAUAUCGACCGCAGAUACCCUUCGCGCUACGGGUUGUACCUCAAGGACAAGCCUAGCCAGGUUGUGUUUCCGCAGGAAAUGGAAUACGAGCCGGAGACGAAGCCACUCUACACGACGCUCCACUAAGGCCUGGGUCGGUAGCUUUGUCAUAUUGGAAGUUAGCUUGUUUCAGGCGACCGGUGCAAUUCGAGCUACAUAAUUACCACCAAUCUGGCUCCCCCGUACCUCCGAUCAUAAUGUUCCUCGGUUUCGUAGUUUCAACACUUAGGUGGAUGCAACAAUCUUACCCCCACUGCUAUCGAUCACUUUAACCCAUGGAUUGUAGUAUUUUUCUUGUCUGCUAUCAUCAAACUCUAUCACCCAUCCCCCUUCCCUCCUCAUCUUGACACCGUGCGCCACGAGCGUACCAACUCUUGUAAAACUUUUCCAACAAAAAAGGGGGAAAGGGCAGCAUACCGUGAAUGUUAAAUAAAUCCGCAAAAAAGGAACAUCUAAAAAUAAAAUAGAAAUAAACAUACAAACAUGCAAAGAGGAAUAAGGGAGGAGGAGUUAAAUGGAAUGAAAUUUAUAGAUAUUUAAAAAGUGUAACGGAAGCUUAGUACUUUCGAGUGGAUGUCUAUAAGUGUAAAUGUAUGAAUACUUAUGAAAGAGGAAACAUUGUGCAACUCGCUGCACGGUUCAUAGUGGUGAACGAAACGGGAGGGAAUUCAGCAAUUAAAAUAAAAAAGGGUUAGAAGUGCACAGCCAAUGUGAAAGGUGAAUAGACAAAUUUAUUAAAAAACUGAGGAAAAGAGAAAGAAGAAAAGAUAGGAGGAAAACUAAUCGAAAAACAGUUGCAUCUGCAGCGAUAAAAAAAAGUUACAUACAUAAACAUCAGUCCAACAAUGCGAAAUUACUAACAAAUUUGAGAUCAAAGUGGAGGAGACGAACGUUAAUGUGUAUUAUUUUUAUUUUUAAUUUGCAUAAACAAUUUCUAAAACCAAGGAGAGAAAGAGUGUGGAGGGAUACAUAACAACAGAAAAGUAACGAUGGAAACAUAACAUAAAACGUAGGUAAAAAUAGAAAAAUUAAGGAGUGGUAAAGUUUAUGAAGUAAUAGGUGAAGCGAAAUGGUAAAAACAAAUGAAAUAAAACAGUAUCAGAAUUGAAGGUAUUAUUGGUGAGCACCAAUAUGCAACGGAGCAAACACGUCAUGCUUCGACCCGGCACGUGAAAACAUCAACCACUUACAGACACACCAAUAGACACGAAUAUAGACACACAAAAAAACACAUACACACACGUACACACGUACACACACACACACACACACACACACACACACACACACACACACACACACACACACACACACACACACAUGUAGAAGUGCAUAAAAAGUCUAAAAAUUUACCGACGGGUCUGUUGAGCGCACACCAUACUUGCACACUGGUAAGAUAGGGUGCGAGAUGAAAAGCGACGAUUGAAUGUAUUGUUGCAAAGUUCAAACUUUCUCUCCGUUUAUAGCUGCAUACAGUUUUUAUGUUAAACCCGUUUUUACGACAGGUCCAUAUUUGUCCUGCUUUUUAUGAUUUUUUGCGUUCUAGCCAACGACUGUUUGGCCGACAAUUUAAUGUAGGUACCUCGUCGUCCCGUGUGCGAGAUUAGAACCCAAAAUCCGAAAGUACCCUUAAACCCGGGAAGUGGAUACAUUCGGGGUGUUUCUCAAAAUGGGCGCCAAAAAGAUUCUUCUCCGCGUACCAGGGACGUUAUGAAAGGCACGACGAUCAAAAAUAGCGGGAAUAAAUGAAGUGAAGAAUAAGAAGAAAAAUCUGCACGAAAACACUACUUCGAACACUAACUUGGUCACGGGUGUCAAAAAGGUCUUAUGAGAUGCUUUUGAAAUGCGGAUUGAGAAAAAGGAAAAACAAAAACAACUCAAAUUCGGUAUUUUCCUAACAUACUAAAUACAAAAAUACACACAGAUACUAAAAAACAAGACGAAAGCAACUGCUCACAAGCUGAAGCGUAUGUGUGCCCCAUAUCAUGCGAUUUUGGCGCGAAUGCUCGUUCAAUACUUUGUGUAACUUAACGGAAAUAAAAUAUAUCUGGAGCUGAAUCAACCAAAAGAACAAAAAAAAACAAAA